AUGAAUGCCAUCUCUAGUGCCGAAAUCGGGCAGUUUGAAAACAAAAAGAGAACUGAAAUGAAAGCCCUUGGCAAUGAAGUGCACCCGAAUAUUGAAAGUAAAAAGACCCUUUCGUUGAGUUCAUUGUCCGCAAUAUUUUUGCACAGCACGGGUCAGCAGUUGAGUCCAGAUGCUGCGCAGUGGCUUUCACUCAAUAUAAAGGAAGACUUUACCAAUUUGCUGAACGAGGCGGGCAAAUAUAUGCGUCGCAUCCGUGAGCACCGGUUGAGUCUGUCGCACAUUCAGCAAGCUGUCCGUAUGGACGACGACCUGCGCAUGGACAUUUUUUUCAGGUUGGUCCUUAGCGAUGAUUGCUCAAGGCUUUCAGCCGAAGAGUUGCCCAGCCUCACAAGCGGAGCUCUUAUCGUUGAACCUGGACCAAAACAAUUUGUUUCCGUGCAGGCUUCUGAAGUAGAGAUUUCACUGGAACCAGCUCGGUCGCACUCCGGCUGGUUGAAGCACGAGCAGGUGCUGCUAAAGCCCUGUAAGCGCUAUCCGUUGACUAAGGAGCAGCAGUUCUUUUAUGAACUGGUUACGGAUGCCUGCGUAGGCGUUUCCGAGUCCAGGCGCCAGAGGGCACUCCAAACCCUCUCCACAGAUCCCUCGCUGGAGGUUCUACUGCCCACGUUGAGCGAGUUCGUCGCGGACACCGUAAUCUUCAAUGUGACCGAGCAGAACAUGCCGUUGCUUCUAUACCUAAUGCGCAUUGUGAGAGCUCUUUUAGGAAACCCCCGGUUGAACUUGUUGCAAUAUCUCCACUUUAUAGUACCGGCCGUUCUAUCCUGCCUAUUAACCAAACAGGCCUGCUCAUCCCUUCGCUUAAUGGAUCACUGGUCUUUGAGGGAAUACUCCGGCAACAUAAUGGCCUAUAUCGUGCGUCACUUUAAAGCCUCCGACAACAAUCUCCUGCCCAGAGUUAUUGGGACUUACAGACAGGGUCUACAAAAGCAGCCACUGACGACGGUGUUUGGAGCAGUCAUUGGCCUGGGGAAGAUGGGCAAUGAUGCGGUACGCGCCUGUAUAGUUCCUCAAAUAGCUUAUCUAUCCGAACUUCUCGAGCCUUACUUGACUGCCAGUGAUGACAGCUCCAGCGCCAGCUGUAGCCCGGAAAGGCUGGCAGCUAAAUACAUUCGCCAUCGUUUGGUAAAGACGUGCACCCCGGUUCUGAAGAGUAUUCACAAAGCGCCAGAUCUUCCGGAGCAGUAUGAAACUGUAUACGGAUAUCUGGGACCGCUGUUGUGUGCUGCUGUCAUAGUAGCCCGAGUAAAGAUGGCAGGAGAAGCUCUAGCCAAGGCGGAGGCAGAAGAGGCAUACAGAUUGCACCAAACCAAAAUGCUUGCCGAGCACCAAAAUAAGCAAAAAAUUCCUAGUAGUGGUAUUCGGAAUUCAAAAGAAAUUUUACAAUCUGAUCCUCUUAUUGCACCUAUAAAGGGGCAUCCAGUCAUACUCGCACCAGGUAUAUUGUCCAAUCCAAUGGCUCAGGGUCAAAAGCAUGUUCUUAUUGCGAAGUUUCCGGAUUGCGCGGCGCAGGCUCGGGGGCCUCCAAAUAAGAACGGCUCAAUCCCGCCAAUACCUUUUCCGCCAGCCAGUAAUGGAAUACCUUUAAAGUCAAACAAGCUUUGUAUUUUGCCACCAAUGAGAAACGGAUAUGUUUCCAAAACAUGCAUUAAUGGCAUUAAGCCUAUAAACUUUUUACUCAAGUAACAAUUUUACCGUAAUAAAUUCGAUUGAAUAUUUUUCUAGUCUAAGAUCGCGAAAAAUCUAAAAAUCAUUUAAUUUUGUUAAACAAUUACUUUAAGAAAUUCAAAGAUUAAAUGAUUCCCUAAUGCUUGUAUAUAAAGUUGUAUAUGUUUGUUAAAGAAAAAAAUAUAUAUUUACAGAGUAGUAACUAACGUUAAUAGUAAAAUAACAAAAUCCUAAGUUGUACGUAGAUAAA